ACAGCCUCAGUGACAUCAAUACCACGACUUUCAAAAGUCUUUACGUGGCUUGGUGGCAAACUGUGAAGUCUUUUUCUUCUUCUUCUUCUUCUAAAGCAGUGAGAUUGAAAAUAAUCAUGCUGGCAACCAGGGCUUUGCUGUCAAAACAGACACUGGCUGUUCUUUCUCGCCAGCCUGCCUGCUUUGUGCACCAUGGUGACUACGGCAACUGGGGAAAUACUAAUGUUGCAGUGGUUUUCUCAGGAUGUGGCUGGUGGGAUGGGACUGAUGUCCACGAGGGGGUUUACACCAUGUACCACCUGAGCCGUAAUGGUGCCCGCUUCCAGAUGUUUGCUCCAAAUCAACAACAGAUGCAUGUGUUCGACCACAUGAAAAAGCAGCCUGCAUCUGGAGAGAACCGGAACAUGAUGAUGGAGGCAGCCCGCUUCAGUCACGGUCAGGGAAUGACGCAAAUGCAGGACCUGUCCAAGCUGGAUGUCAAUAGCUUUGAUGCCGUUAUCUUUCCAGGAGGCCAUGGAAUCAUCAAGAAUCUAUCCUCUUUUAUGAAGGAUGGCAAAGACUGCAAGCUCCACGGUGAUGUGGAGAGAGUGCUCAAAGAUUUCCAUCGUUCACGCAAGCCUAUCGGACUCGCCAGCAUGGCUCCUCUGCUGGCCUGCCGUGUGCUGCCGGGCAUUGAGGUAACCAUGGGUUAUGAGCGGGACGACAACACCCGCUGGGGACACUGGCCCAACACAAACAUGGUGCAGGCUGUAAAGGGCAUGGGUGCUCGCCACAAUGUCCGCGAUUCAUAUGAAGCCUAUGUGGACGAGAAGAACAAAGUGGUUAGCACUCCAUCCUUCAUGUGGGAGACAGACUAUCACUAUCACUAUAUAUUUGAUGGUAUUGGAAAUAUGGUCAAGCAUGUCAUGCGCAUGUCAACCAAGUGAGGUGACAUUUGGAGAAGAAAAAUACUAAAACAAUACACACCUCUAUACUGUGACAAAUUCUUCAAUGAAAUAAUAAAAAUAGUUUAAACAGCAAA